GUGACAUAGACACGUGACUGGGUUGAAAGUUGAAAGUCAAGUGACACUACUGCUGCUGCGGGUUCUCAGCAUGGCGGUGCAGGCAGCUCGCAGAGCUUUUUUUAAAGCAACGUCGUGUUCGAAACAGUAUGUCGCGUUCGCUAAAGUCUCGUUCGCCUCUCGCCUUAACGGUCACGGAGCGCGACACUACAGCGCAGACCCAAACGAUGACCUGCGUGUCAGACACUUGGACGGAGAAGACGCCGGUAUUGUUGUUGUUGGGAUAAAUCGACCAAAAGCAAAAAAUUCCAUAAGCAAAAAUCUGGUCAAAAUGAUGUCUGAAGCUGUGGAGGAUAUCAAAAAGGAUAACAGAGUGCGUAGUGUCAUUAUUUGCAGUUUGGUUCCAGGGAUUUUUUGUGCAGGGGCUGACCUGAAAGAGAGGUCCAAGAUGCAUCAGAGUGAAGUGGGGCCGUUUGUGUCCAAAGCCAGAGCACUUAUCACAGAGCUGGUCUCUUCUUUUACAGGUAACCUUCCGGUACCAACAAUUGCUGCAAUUGAUGGAGCGGCCUUAGGAGGAGGCUUGGAAAUGGCCCUUGCUUGUGACAUCAGAAUUACCUCCAGUACUGCAAAAAUGGGGCUUGUUGAGACCAAACUUGGGAUUAUUCCUGGAGCAGGUGGUACACAGCGCCUCCCCAGGGUGAUUGGUGUCUCUCUUGCUAAGGAGCUCAUCUUUGCUGCCCGGGUGGUUGAUGGAACCGAGGCAUGUCGCCUUGGUCUUGCCAGUCAUUCGGUAGAGCAGAAUAAGAGUGGAGAUGCUGCCUACCUGCGGGCUCUGGAGCUGGCUCGUGAGAUCAACCCACAGGGUCCAAUUGCAAUAAGGAUGGCAAAACUGGCAAUUAACCAGGGGACAGAGGUGGAUUUGUCAACAGGUCUGGCAAUAGAAGAAGCUUGUUACGCUCAGGUGAUACCAACAAAAGAUCGAUUGGAGGGUUUAUCUGCCUUCAAGGAGAAGAGGCGUCCUUACUUCAAGGGAGAGUGAGGCCACACUCCUUCCAGAAACUAAACAGGGUUCUGCCUUAUACCCUUCUACAUUUCCACUGCUUCCAAUAUAUCUAUGGGGAGAAACCUGUACAGGACCUCAGAGUCGUUACAGGCUGGAUUUUUUGCUAGGGACUGUAAUGUGCAGGUCUAAAGCACUUGCUAGAAAUCACAACCACCUCCAAGCUAACCAACAAAUCAUUGGCCACUGCUUACAAUACUUCAAACUUACUUUACCAACUUAAAAUCUAAAACGUUAAGUUGUUAUUAAAUGACGAAUCUGCUUGACUGCUAAUGAACUGAGAACUAGACAUUUCUGUGAACGCUUCAUGUGAAUGAGAAUUUGUGUUGCUUUUGGUAUCAAUGUCCCACUGCGGUAACACUGAAUAACACCAGCAAUGUCUGCAUGAAAUAAAAAACAUUUUUUCUUUGAUUUGAA